GCUAAGUUGGUUCGUGCUGAGGGCCAUUCCCUAGUUUGUGGAUGAUCGUCCUCUUGCUGUGUUCUUAAAUGGUAUAUACAAAGAGCACGUUCUGAUGUCUGUUCUUCUUGUUUUCAAGGUUUUAACGAUUUUUAAAUCUAUGCGCAUAUGUGUAUGUGGGUAGGAGUCUGUGUGUGUGUGCAUGUUUGUAAGUGUAUGUGAGUGUGUGAGCAUACGUGUAUGGGUGUGUGUGCAUGCAUUGGGAGAUCCAGAAGAGGCUGGAAAAUCUCCUGGGGUUAGAAUUACAGGCAGUUGUGAGUCACACGAUGUGGGUGCUGGGCAUUGAAGCCAGGUCCUCUGCAAGAUCAGUAUGUACUCCCUGAGCCAUCUCUCCACCUCUGCUUCUCUUAUAAGGCUAUUCAUGGAGACACCAGCCCAGUGGCCAAACCAACCAUUAGUCACCUCCUCCAAGGCCCAGUCUCCUGUAUAUUCAUUUUAGAGGGACAUAUGGCCCAUUAAACAGAUGCAUUUGUGCAUGUAUCAGUAUACAUUAGCACACAUGCAUACACCCAUAUGUGUUCCCUACCCUGUCUGCUAGGAGGAUCUAGGAGUGUUAAGAACAAAGAGAAGCCUUUCCAACUUGGGCCCGGCAGAAUGGCUCCAGCAAAGAAGGGUGGCGAGAAGAAGAAGGGUUGUUCUGCCAUCAAUGAGGUGGUGACCCGAGAAUACACCAUCAACAUUCACAAGCGCAUCCAUGGAGUGGGCUUCAAGAAGCGUGCUCCUCGGACACUCAAAGAAAUUCGGAAAUUUGCCAUGAAGGAGAUGGGGACUCCAGAUGUGCACAUAGACACCAGGCUCAAUAAAGCCAUCUGGGCCAAAGGAAUAAGGAAUGUUCCGUACCACAUCCGAGUACGUUUGUCCAGAAAGCAUAAUGAGGAUGAGGAUUCACCAAAUAAGCUCUACAUACUGGUAACUUACAUGCCUGUUACCACAUUCAAAAAUCUACAGACGGUCAAUGUGGAUGAGAAUUAACUGCUGAAUGUCAAAUAAAGUUAUAGAACUGCCUCCAAGAAGAACAAAGAGAAGUCCUAGCACCAAAUACUAUCUUUGAAAUACUAAAUUCUCACUUAAGAGAAUCUGAGAUCCCCGCAAGAAGGACAGCUUAGGUGUAGGGUAAGGGAAGUGCAUGGGUGUGGAGUAUCUUGUGUCAAAAGGCAAGGUGAUGUGGCUUAAGGUAUAAUGGCGACAUGCCAAAAGCUCACUAAAGACUGCUGGGAUGAGUCUGUGCGUGCCUCCAUGUUGACCCAAAUAAACACAAAUGAACUUAGAGGAGGGGAAAUGCCGGUCCAGAGCUCCUUUCCUAAGAUACUUAGGGUCUUACCUGAAUGAGAAAAGUAAGACCAUCGGCAAUGGGACAGAGAGAAACUGCCCCACCAGAGAGGAAGCAGUGAGAACACGGAGUCACUUCCACGAUUCUGACCAAAGAUAGACAACACAAGGAAACAUCAGACCGAAGAACCUGAUACAAGGGGACUGGCCUAAACUCUUUGAAAAUGCAGUCAUGGCCAUCAAGGAAAGAGUGGGGGAACUGACCAGAGAGAAGUAAGGAUAGCUGAAAUUCUGAGCAGCUUCCUUUUCCUGCAGAGGGGUGCUGUUAGGACAACCAGGGAAAUCUGAAAGGGCUCUGGGGUCAGUAAGACAUCUGCUUGGGGUGUGCGUGCGUGUGUGCAUGCGUGUGUGUGUGUGUGUGUGUGUGCGCAUGUGUGUGUGUGUAUGCAGAGGUCAGAAGAGGAUGUUCAGUAUGCUGCUCUAUCAAAAUCCAUCUCAUUCCUCUGAGUCAGGGUCUCUCAUUGACUUCCAGCUAGGCUGGCAGGGAGCAGGCCUCAGGGAUCCUUUGUCUCCACUCCCACAGUGCCAGGGUUAUAGGUGCACCAAGCCUGUCUCUUCACAUAGGUGCUGGGGAUUUGAACUCAGGUCCUCAUGCAGACAUAUAGCCUUGAGUUAGGAUCCGUGGUACCCAUGCAAAUGCCCAUCGGCAGUGAAGCCCUUCAGCUGAAGGUGCUUGCAAUGUAGCUGCCAAGCAGAUAGUGGAACCAUGAGUGCCACCUCUGGCCUGAGGGAUGCACUAGGAGAGGG